AUAAAUAAAUCUCUUGUUUAUGUCUUCUAAAAAUGGCUGUUACAGCAGUUACAACAAAUACUCAAGGAGUACUAAAAUAGUACACCGGAUACACAACAGAUAUGGUGGAUGGCAUUUCUAAAAAGAAAAAAGAAAAAGGACAGUGUAAUAUAUGAAUAUUUCCAGUCUGUUUCAAACAACUCCAGCCUACCCAUGUUCUUUUCUCCUCAUUUUUAUCGCAAAACAAACAAACAAAAAAAUUAAGCUCUUUCCCUGUACUCAGCAUUUUUAGCUCUUAAUUUUGAAGAUAUAUUCUUGUGGGGUUUGGUUAUUUUUCCAUGUUGUUGAAGCUUCUGAGUUGCCUAUGAGAGAUUAAAAAAGGUAACUUUUUGAUGUUUAUGAUUCACUUUUGAUUUUGUGCUGUACAAGUUUGUUGAAAUUUUACAAGGUCAAAGCAUCAGAUACUAAGAUUGUUUUGUUUUGGGGUUAGAAGUAAUUGAGGUGAUUGCAAGUUAGGGUUUUUACUUAAAAAUUUUCUAGUUUUGAAACAAUUGCUGGUGAGCUUGAAAAAGUGUAUAGGUAGUACCAAAAAGGAAGAAACUUGUGGGCUUAUUGGGAUAGUGAGUUAUGAAAGUCAAAGGAAGGGAGGUGUUUGGGAUAUUUCUUGUUUUGAUAUUAGUUGUGUUUGUUGAAAUUGGGGAAGCUCAAACAAAGACUUUUUUGGUAAAUUGUGGUACAAAUUCAAGUGUGAAUGUGGAUGGUAGUAAAUGGAUAGGUGACUCUGCCAGUGGCAACAAUGUCACUUUGAGUUCACCAAGUAUUGAGGCAUCCACUGACUCAUUUAAUGGUGAUUCAUCUUAUGAGCCACUUUAUAAAACUGCCAGAUUUUUUUCUGAAAGUUUUAACUAUACUUUCAAAGGAGAACCUGGUAGUUAUUUCCUCAGACUCCACUUUUAUCCCUUUUCAUUUAGUAAUCGCAAUGUGAAUGAAUCCUACUUUGCUGUUUCUGCAAAUGGUUUGAAGUUGGUUUCGGAGUUUAAUGUUGCUGGUGAGAUUUUGCUCAAGAACUCGCUCCUGCAAGGUUCCGGGGGCAACUCCAGUGUUUUCUCAUUGGUGAAGGAGUAUUUUGUGACUUCCGAUAUCGAUGUCUUUGUGCUCGAGUUUACUCCAAACAAGGGUUCUUUUGGAUUCGUUAACGCCAUAGAGAUCAUCCUGGUGACAGAUAAGCUAUUUGUUGACUCUAUCAGUAAAGUCGGUGGCAAUGGUGGUAACAGUUCUUUGAAUUUGAGUAAACGGGGGAUUCAAACUAUGUACAGGUUGAAUAUUGGGGGUUCAGCAAUCAAAUCCACUCAAGAUUCAAAGUUCAGGAGGAAGUGGGAGGCGGAUUCAAGCUAUAUGAUUAUCGCAGAUGCUGGAGCGGAAGUCAAAAAUCAUUCCAACAUUACUUAUGCUUCCCCGAACGACACCUCUGUUGCUCCACUUCUUGUGUAUGAAACAGCAAGAAUUAUGAGCAACACACAUGUCAUGGAGAAGCUGUUGAACAUGUCAUGGAAAUUGGACGUGGAUCCAGAUUUUGAUUAUGUAAUCCGCUUACAUUUCUGCGAGUUUGACUAUAAUAAACCAAAUCAAAGGAUCUUCAAAAUUUAUAUAAAUAACAAAACUGCAGCAGACAACUACGACAUCUUCUCACGAGCUGGGGGAAUGAACAAGGCCUACCAUGAGGAUUACUUUGAUCCGAUGCCCUCGAAAAGCAGCAGUCUUUGGGUUCAACUUGGUCCUGAUACGACGACUGGUUCUGCAGGUACUGAUGCUAUUUUGAAUGGUUUGGAGGUUUUUAAGUUGAGUCGGAAUGGUAAUCUUGCCUAUGUACAGAAACAUGAGGAUGUUCCAGAAAAAUCAACUUCGAAAAAUUUAAUCCUGUGGGUAGGAAUUGGAGCAGGUAUAGGAUCCAUUUUCAUUCUGGCAGGUUUAAUCAUGCUGAUUAUACGGCUAUGUAGAAGGCGGAGUAGCAAAGAUGACACGAAGAAAUGGAGGCCGUUAUUCCUUCAUGGAACUGCUGUGACCAGCACUGGUAAUGGUAAGGGAUCAAUUCAAUAUCAAAGUCUUGGAACUCUAAGAUCUGGAAGGCGGUUUACUCUAGCAGAGAUUAAAGCAGCGACAAACAACUUUGAUGAAAGCUUAGUGAUUGGAGUUGGAGGAUUUGGUAAGGUUUUCAAAGCGGAGCUCGAUGAUGGCAGCACCCUUGCCGCAAUCAAGCGAGCCAAUCCUCAAUCUCAGCAAGGUCUGAAAGAAUUUGAAACAGAAAUUGAAAUGCUUUCUAAGCUAAGACAUAGGCACUUGGUGUCCAUGAUAGGUUUCUGUGAUGAACAGAAUGAAAUGAUUUUGGUCUAUGAGUACAUGGCCAAUGGAACACUGAGGAGUCAUCUCUUUGGCAGUGAUCUACCAUCCCUUAGCUGGAAGCAAAGACUAGAAGUGUGCAUUGGUUCGGCUCGUGGUCUGCAUUACCUUCAUACAGGUUCAGAGCGUGGAAUCAUCCAUAGGGAUGUCAAGACAACCAACAUAUUGUUAGACGAGAAUCUUGUGGCGAAAAUGGCGGAUUUUGGGCUGUCUAAAACAGGCCCUUCUUUGGAGCAUACUCAUGUCAGUACAGCAGUGAAAGGAAGUUUCGGUUAUCUGGAUCCCGAGUAUUUCAGGCUGCAGCAUUUAACUGAGAAAUCUGAUGUUUACUCCUUUGGGGUUGUGCUGUUUGAAGUUAUAUGUGCACGCCCUGUUAUAAAUCCAAGCUUACCAAGAGAUCAGAUCAAUCUUGCAGAAUGGGCAAUGCGGUUUCAGCGCCAAAGAUCGCUUGAAACCAUCAUUGACCCACAACUUGCUGGACAAUAUUCCCCAGAAUCAUUGAUGAAAUUUGGAGAAAUUGCUGAGAAAUGUCUAGCGGACGAGGGAAGAAGCAGACCAACAAUGGGAGAAGUCCUAUGGCACCUGGAAUAUGUAUUGCAACUUCAUGAGGCUUGGCUGCGGAAGAAUGCAGGGGAAGACUCUGCUUCUGAUAUUCGUGUUCUAGAGACUGUUGAGGAGAGAGGAACUGAAAAUUCUGAAGAGCAGACUCAUGUUGAAUCAAAAACCAAAGAAGAGGGUGAAUCUGCAACAAGGACCAGUGGUACUACAGAUGCCAUGGCUACUGGAGUAGAUGAUUUUUCGCAAUUCGUCAGUCAACAAGGAAGGUGAGAUCCAAAACAGUGGAGAGUUGAUUGUAAUAUCUUGACUGGUAUAGGCCCGAAUUCUUUCCAUUUUCAUCACAUGCGUCUACGAGGACUUCUUGACAACCUCGAUCAGGUUCGACAUUACCCAUUAAGCAGAAGGAGCUUAGAAUGGAGAAUAUGAAGAUCUUUUAGUAAUACCUACAUGUUGUAUUCUUUUCAUCAGUUUGGAUUUCAAAUUGUUUCCUGCCGAAUCCUUGUUGCUCAAGGACUAAACGAUUCUUUUAUUAUUGUAUGCACUUCAUGUUUGUGUUUGAGAGAAUGCGACUAAGUUGAUGGAUUGGGAUUUAGAUAUGUAAUAGAUAUAUUUCACUUCAUUUAGUGGAAAAAUGAUAUCUUGUUUGAUGGCGUA